CGAUAUCACUAUGCAGAAAUUGGAUAUUGUCAUUUCAAGGGCGUUUUGGUUAGGGUUGCGUUAUUCUUGCAUGGUUGGAAAUGGGUGUUUGUUUUUUUGGGUUUGAGUAGACGUGACAAUUGGGCGACGGUCAUUGUACGAUUAUGUGGUGUGGGCCCAUACUUAGCUAUCCAGUAG